AUGGAUGGAGAAAACCAGGUGACAGGUUACCUCCUGUUCUCCCUGACCACCGCCGUCAUCGGCUCGCUGCAGUUCGGUUACAACACGGGAGUCAUCAACGCUCCCGAGCGGAAACUGCGAGCUUUCUUCAACAGCACCUGGAUGGAGCGCUACGGCGAGCCCAUCUCCCCGGGCGUCUGCACCAUCGUGUGGAGCGUCUCCGUCGCCAUCUUCAGCGUGGGCGGCAUGGUGGGCUCCUUCAGCGUGGGCGUCAUGGCGAACCGGUUCGGCAGGCGCCGCUCCAUGUUCCUGGUGAACGUCCUGGCCGUGAUCGGCGGCCUCCUCAUGGGCUUCUCCACCAUCUGCUCCUCCUACGAGAUGGUGAUCGCCGGCCGCUUGGUCAUCGGCCUGUUCUGCGGCCUGUUCACCGGCCUGACGCCCAUGUACGUGGGCGAGGUGUCGCCCACCCCCCUCAGAGGGGCGUUCGGGACCCUGCACCAGCUCGGGGUGGUGGUGGGCAUCCUGAUCGCUCAGAUCUUCGGGUUAGAGGGUCUUCUGGGCUCCGACAGGCUGUGGCCCCUCCUGCUGGCGCUCACCGUGGUCCCGGCCGUGGUGCAGUGCGUCCUGCUGCCCUUCUGUCCCGAGAGCCCUCGCUUCCUGCUCAUCAACCUCAACAAGGAGGAGGAGGCACGAAAAGCGCUGGUGCGUCUGCGCGGCAGCGAGGACGUGAGCAAAGACCUGCAGGAGAUGAAGGAGGAGAGCGCUAAGAUGGCCAUGGAGAAGAAGGUGACCAUCCCCGAGCUCUUCCGCUCGGCGGCGUACCGCCAGCCGCUGCUGGUCGCCGUCAUGCUGCAGCUCUCCCAGCAGCUGUCGGGGAUCAACGCCGUGUUCUACUACUCCACGGGGAUCUUCAGCUCGGCCGGCGUGAAGCAGCCCAUCUACGCCACCAUCGGUGCCGGCAUCGUCAACACCAUCUUUACCAUCGUGUCUCUCUUCCUGGUGGAGAAGGCCGGACGCCGGACGCUGCACCUGGUGGGGUUGGCGGGGAUGGCGGUGGCCGCGGUGCUCAUGACCAUCUCGCUGCUGCUGCAGAAGGACAUCGCUGCCAUGAGCUACCUCGCCAUCGCGGCCGUCAUGAUGUUCGUGGCCAUGUUUGAAAUGGGCCCCGGUCCGAUUCCCUGGUUCAUCGUGGCCGAGCUCUUCUCCCAGGGGCCGCGCCCGGCGGCCAUGGCGGUGGCCGGCUGCUGCAACUGGACGGCCAACUUCCUGGUUGGGAUGAGCUUCCCCAAGCUAGUGGAGUUGUGCGGGCCGUGGGUCUUCCUCAUCUUCGCCACCUUCCUCGUCCUCUUCUUCAUCUUCACCUACAUCAAAGUCCCGGAGACGAAGGGCAAGACCUUUGAUGAGAUCGCCCAAUGCUUCGGCAGCGCCCCUCCCGCCUCCUCGGGCGUCGAGGAUCCUCCUGCAGGCGCCAGCGGGGGGGCCGUGACGCUGCCCGCCUCGCCGCUGAAGGAGAAGGUUCCUCUGGUGGCGGCGCCGGCGCCGGCUCCGCCCCCGGCAGCGGAGACGACUCCUCUGGAGGAUAAAUCUAAGACGAGGGUGUAG